GGACUGCAGCGGCGCCCGGCCCCGGAGAGCCGCAGGCAGCGGCUGGAGCGCGCAGCCGGACACUCGGGUCCCAGAAGCCGCGGACACCCCAAGAGGCAGCCCCGGCGCUCUGACACCUCCCUCGGCCCCCAGCGUGCCCCCAGCCCCCUCUGCAGAGGAGUCGCAGCGUGAGCGACCCCCCCAACCCACUCAGGACCAGCUCACAGGGAUUCGGACCAAAGACCUUUGUGAGCUUUGAUCUCCUGGCCUCUGCCCCCAGCCAUGAGCCGGCGUGUGGUUCGCCAGAGCAAGUUCCGCCAUGUGUUCGGGCAGGCGGCGAAGGCUGACCAGACCUACGAGGACAUCCGUGUGUCCAAGGUCACAUGGGACAGCUCCUUCUGCGCCGUCAACCCCAAGUUUCUGGCCAUCAUUGUGGAGGCUGGAGGUGGGGGUGCCUUCAUGGUCCUGGCUCUCACCAAGACAGGGCGAGUGGAUAAGAACCACCCACUAGUCACUGGGCACACUGCUCCUGUACUGGACAUCGACUGGUGCCCACACAAUGACAACGUCAUCGCCAGUGCCUCGGACGACACCACUGUCAUGGUGUGGCAGAUACCAGACUACACCCCAGUGCGGAACAUUACUGAGCCCAUCAUCACACUCGAGGGCCACUCCAAGCGUGUGGGCAUCAUCGCCUGGCACCCCACCGCCCGCAACAUCCUACUCAGCGCAGGUGGUGACAAUGUGAUCAUCAUUUGGAACGUGGGCACCGGGGAGGCCCUGCUGAACCUGGAUGACCUGCAUCCCGACGUCAUCCACAGCGUGUGCUGGAACAGCAACGGGAGCCUGCUGGCCACCACCUGCAAGGACAAGACCCUGCGCGUCAUCGACCCCCGCAAGAGCCAGGUGGUGGCGGAGCGAGCCCGGCCUCACGAGGGCGCCCGCCCGCUGCGGGCCGUCUUCACCGCGGACGGGAAGCUGCUCAGCACCGGCUUCAGCAGGAUGAGUGAGCGGCAACUCGCGCUCUGGGACCCGAAUAACUUUGAGGAGCCUGUGGCACUUCAAGAGAUGGAUACAAGCAACGGGGUCCUACUGCCCUUCUACGACCCCGACUCCAGCAUCGUCUACCUGUGUGGCAAGGGCGACAGCAGCAUUCGGUACUUUGAGAUCACGGAUGAGGCGCCCUUCGUGCACUACCUGAACACGUUCAGCAGCAAGGAGCCGCAGCGGGGCAUGGGGUUCAUGCCCAAGCGGGGUCUGGACGUCAGCAAGUGCGAGAUCGCCCGGUUCUACAAGCUGCACGAACGGAAGUGCGAACCUAUCAUCAUGACCGUGCCUCGCAAGUCAGACCUCUUCCAGGACGACCUGUACCCGGACACGCCGGGUCCGGAGCCGGCCUUAGAAGCCGACGAGUGGGUGUCGGGCCAGGACGCCGAGCCAGUGUUGAUCUCGCUGCGGGACGGCUACGUGCCCCCCAAGCACCGCGAGCUCCGGGUCACCAAGCGCAACAUCCUAGACGUCCGCCCACCCUCCGGGCCCCGCCGCAGCCAGUCGGCCAGCGACGCCCCGCUCUCGCAGCAGCACACAGUGGAGACAUUGCUGGAGGAGAUCAAGGCCCUGCGCGAGCGCGUGCAGGCCCAGGAGCAGCGCAUCACGGCGUUGGAAAACAUGCUGGUGGAGUUGGUGGACGGCACCGACUAGCGCAGCGUGGCCACAGGCGCCCCGCAGGGCGGCGGGGCGGGGCUGGCGCCCGGCUCCGCCCCACCCCGGCUUGGAUCGGGGCCUCUAGGCCUCGCCCCCUGGGCCCGGGCUGCGCCGGGGAGUGAGGACAGUGGAAAGUCGCGGCUGAUCCACGUGUAUCUGACUCAGGCAGGCCAGCGCUCCUCGUUCCUCUUGGGGACUACGCAAGAGCUGGCCUAGGGAGGCUCGGGAGGGGGGCAGGGAAACAAGGGGGCCAAAGCAACGGUGCUGCAUAGUGAGGCGGUGUCCCUCUCUGCACACCCCACCCCCAACCCCCUCCGCCUCCGUCCUGGGCUGGGGAAUUGCUUAUUAUUGAGGCGCUGGGACUGGGCUUCCCUUACCGGGUGGAGAUUCAGCGCUUCCCCCUCUGAUCAGCUCCUUAACCCCAUCGCUGGACGGGCGUCACCCAGUUGUACAGAGAUGGACAUAACCCGCUGGUUUCACAGCUGAAACCCACUAGCUGCCCCCAAUGGUCUAUGGCCAGGGGCCUCCUUUCUUCCCAGGGGCAGGGCAGAGGGCGGCACCUCCCCGCGGGAGGAAUGUCAUGAGGAAGUGUGUCACACACGUCCUCUGCUGUGGUCCUGGCGCUGAGGAAAACAAGUGUUGAAUGAA